GGACGGGCGAGGUGGAGGCGCUCGGGGCGGAGUGCUCGGGCUGCCGGGAGCCGGGGUGCGCGCCUGAUUCCGGGGAAGCGCCGGCGGAGGAGGAGCAGCGUUUGUUUGAGGACCCGGGCAUCACCAUAUUUUACCUGAUACUAUAUGACCUUCACAUUAUAAGAAAACUUAGAAGAACCUGACAGAGCAACGGCACCUCAAAAACAAGGUAUUUUGUUUUUCAGCUAGAUUAAUCUUUUGAAAACAAAAAAAUGGAUUUCUUAAACUCAUCUGACCAAAACUUAACCUCAGAAGAAUUGUUAAAUGGCAUGCCAUCCAAAAUUUUGGUGUCUCUCACUCUCUCCGGACUGGCCUUGAUGACUACAACUAUCAACUCUCUCGUGAUCGCUGCAAUUAUCGUGACCCGAAAGUUACAUCACCCAGCCAACUAUUUAAUUUGCUCCCUUGCAGUUACAGAUUUCCUUGUCGCUGUCCUGGUGAUGCCUUUCAGUAUUGUUUAUAUUGUGAGAGAGAGCUGGAUUAUGGGGCAAGUGGUCUGUGACAUUUGGCUAAGCGUUGAUAUUACAUGCUGCACGUGCUCCAUCUUGCAUCUCUCUGCUAUAGCUUUGGAUCGAUACCGGGCCAUCACAGAUGCUGUUGAGUAUGCCAGGAAAAGAACUCCCAAGCAUGCUGGCAUUAUGAUUACGAUUGUCUGGAUUAUAUCUAUUUUUAUCUCUAUGCCUCCUCUAUUCUGGAGGCAUCAAAGAAUUAAUCGAGAUGAUGAAUGCAUCAUUAAGCAUGACCACAUUGUUUCCACAAUUUACUCAACAUUUGGGGCUUUUUACAUACCAUUAACGUUGAUUUUGAUCCUCUACUACAAAAUAUAUAAAGCAGCAAAGACAUUAUACCACAAGAGGCAGGCAAGUAGGAUCGUCAAGGAGGAGCUGAAUGGCCAAAUCCUUUCAGAAAGUGGUGAGAAGAGUACUAGACUGGUCUCCACACCCUACUUGCUAGAAAAGUCUUUAUCUGAUCCAUCAACAGACUUUGAUAAAAUUCAAAGCACAAUAAGAAAUCCCAGGUCUGAAUUAAAGUAUGAGAAAUCUUGGAGAAGACAAAAGAUCUCAGGCACAAGAGAGCGCAAAGCAGCUACUACCCUAGGACUAAUCUUGGGCGCAUUUGUAAUAUGUUGGCUUCCCUUUUUUGUGAAAGAAUUGGUUGUUAAUAUCUGUGAAAAGUGUAAAAUUUCUGAAGAAAUGUCAAAUUUUUUGACAUGGCUUGGUUAUCUUAAUUCCCUUAUAAAUCCACUGAUCUAUACAAUCUUUAAUGAAGACUUCAAGAAAGCAUUUCAAAAACUUGUGCGAUGUCGAGGUUAGAUUAAAAGAAAGAGUAUCAUUAUAAAGAAAGAUUUUCGGAAGUGAAGAGAAAAUAAAUGCUAAAUUAAAAAAAUUGAAACCUUGACAAGGAAAUAAAGCGCUAAAAUGAUAAGAAGAUGAUUUAUAUUCUAUAGCAACAUAAAGGCAAUUUACUGACUUAAACAGUUUGACUUAAUCAUUCUAGAGUACACAAAAUUAGAAAACCAUGCUUAGAACAAUAUUUUGUCUAUAAAAGAUUUUGUCUAUGCAAUAUUUUUGUUCUUAAAAUGCUAACUAAAAUAUAUAUUGAUAUGUAUAUACAUAUAUAAAAUUAUAAUUGAGAGGAUUUUAUAGCUUGUCUCACAAUUACAGAUUUUUCAAUGAACAACAUACCUCCAUAAGUAAAUUGUAUAUAUAUGAUCAUUUUGUUCAUUAUACAAUUCUUUUUUUUUAUAGAAAAGAUAUCAUUUACUCAAAGCACAUAUUUCUCUUAGAUAAUUACCCGUAUUCCAUUUCCAUCUUACUCUGAGCAAAAGAAGGAAGGAGAUAAAGGGAAUUCUUAUUUGGAACAAUGGAAAAAAUGCAAAAGUCAAAGAAUAUACUGUCUUUAGAUAGUGAAGAGUAAUCAUACAGAAAGGUACUAAAAAAUAAUUCUGAAUACUGAGCUUAUGCAUUUUUAACAUAUUUUUGUUUAAUAUCAGUUUCUAGAACAAUUUUUUCUUAAUCAUCUAUUAGCAACAUUUGAAAUCUGUGUUAGGCAGAGGUUUUCUAAUUAUAUUAUGUAUAUUUCAGAUUCAAUUUGAGGGUACUAAUUACCCUAGAUUACUCACUCUAGUAAUCAUACUUCUAAUGACUUUUUAAAAUAUAAAAUAAAAAAAUAUAAUAUGUAUUUAUUUCUGUUCAUUUUAGUAAGUUUAUUUUUUAACCAAAAUGUUAUAAUGUUCAGUUCAAUAGCUUUAUAUCUUGAAUUGAAGCAGCAUUUACUUUUUAAUAAAGAGAGUGGGAUAGGUUCUUUGGAACUUUGCAUUGACCUCCUAGGCAAAGGCUCACUGAAGAUAGAUAGAUAGAUAGAUAGAUAGAUAGAUAGAUAGAUAGAUAGAUAGAUAGAUAGAUAGAUAGAUAGAUAGAUCUUUCAGUCACUCCAGUAACCUGUGGAGCCAAAGCAAUUCCAUAAUUUCUAACCAUACUUAUAUAAGCUAUGAAAACAACAGAAUCUUGCUGCUAAGGUUUUAUUUCAUUUGAAUUGGUAAAGUUAUAGAACACAUUUCAGAAGGUCUAUCCUCAUCCAAGAUCAUUUGAAAAAUGAUACAUUUAUUUUUCUGUUAAAUAUAUACCUUUAGGUAUAUUCUUAACACAAGUUUGCAUCCCUAAAUGAUGAGAUACACUCUAAGAAAUGUAUUGUUACAUGAUUUCAUCAUUGCGCUAAUGUCAUACAAUGCACUUGCAUAACCCUAGGUGGUGAAACAUUACAUAUAGGAACCAAUAAUAUUAAAUUUACCAAUAUGUGGCACAUGACUGUAUUCUUUCCUGGUGAGGUGCUUAAGAUUAUAUUUCGUUAAUGUUUUGUAUGACAGAGUACUCACAAUAUGGCAGAUAUUUAUAAAAUUCUUAUUUUAUAUGAGGUAUUAAGAUGUACUAGGUAAAAAAUGAGGAAAUUUAAAGUCUAUUCCAUUAAUAUGUUUACAAUCUAAAAAAAUAAAACCGAAAAUGAGCACUAUAGCGGAAAAUGGAAACAGAGAUGUGGAAUGUAGACUAUUUGCAAAGUUUUGGUGAUUUUCAUAAGAAAAAAAUCACAUGGAGAAAGAUAAAGAAUGUAUUGAAAAUAGAUACUAAAUGAAUGGCAUUUAGACAAGAGAAAAGUAGAGCAUUUUCCAGGUGGUGACAGCAUCAAAAUUUCAGACUUUAGGUCCAGGGAUGUAUUCAGUAGUAGAGCAUUACCUUUCAUGUAUGAGGCCCUGGGUUCAAUAACUAGCAUUGCAAAAAAAAAAAAAAAAACAGAAGCUAAAACCUUUCCAGCUUCACCCUUAAAAAUUUAGUGGAUGCUGGAGCUAGAGCGAUAGCACAGCAGGUAGGGCGUUUGCCUUGCACACAGCCAACCCGGGUUCGAUUCCCAACAUUCCAUAUGGUCCCUUGAGCACCGCCAGGGGUAAUUCCUGAGUGCAGAGCCAGGAAUAACCCCUGUGCAUUGCCAGGCGUGACCCAAAAAGCAAAAAAAAAAAAAAAAAUUUUGGUGAAUGCAUUCAUAAAAUAACAAUGAGUUUGACAGCUAUUCAGAGCAAUAAGAGAAGAGAUGAAGAGAAAUAACCUAUUUAAGUAAUGAUUGCUGUUAAAAAAUAAAUCAGCAAACCAGUCUACGGGUCACUGAAGCUCUGAAAUUGAUUCUGACGUUGGGAAUGUAAUGGAAGAAAUAGAUGAAAGAUACCGUGGAUAUAGAAUCUAAGGUAGAAACAAAGAUGUUAAUAAAGAGGCAAAAAAGGGAGAGAUGACUCACUUAGAUAACUUGUCCUCAAAUGACACAAGGAACUCAAGAAAAGGACUUACUGGUGAAUGGGUGGCUUCUGUUUUGGGUACUUUAAGGACACAAAGACAAGUUGGAAUCAUAGGCACUACUAACAACAAUCAAGCCUACGUAGAACUAACAAAGGUUCAUGUAAAACUCCAAUUACCUCAUUGCUUCCUCUAGUUUAUUCUUCCAUGGCCCUUUGACUAAGUUGGUAUUCAAAAAACUGUUCUUUUUCUAUCUUUCGCUGCUUAUUUUUUCUUUCUCCUUUUUAACAAAAUGUGAUUCUGUCGGUAAUCAUUCUUCAAUAAACUUAAAAUAAUUUGUUCAUUUACUCACACCCACCUCAAAAAUGUAUGUGUUUAUAUUGGCAAACUCUAAGAGAUUCAGCCUAUCAACCUGAUAGAGCAAAUUCAAGCAGAGUAAUUCAUCCAAAUACAUAUUCUACCCUCUAUUCUGAAGCACAGCUAUAGAAAAAUAGUACUCCAAGUCACAAGGAAGCUAACAUUUCUUUAGAACUUGUUGCAAAGUCGUUUUUUUAGUACAUAAAGCAUUUUUAAUCCAAAGGGGCUAAGCAUAUUAUAGUAAUCAUCACUUCAUCUCUGUUUCCACAUACUAAAAGUACAAAUCAUACCAUCACUCAUGAACUAAAUGAAUGAUUUUCUUUAAUAUGUUUGAUUGUGUGUGAUCUAAGGACUAAUGAUCUACAAUUUGUACUUUUUUUGAAAUUUAUGAAGAACAGGUUACAUGUCACAGUGAUAUACUACUUCCCUGAACGUGUAGGAAUACCAUAAUGAAAUAAAUGUCUUUCUUUUUGUUAUUGUUUUUGCUUUUGAGCCAUACCUAACUAAGCUCAGUACUUACCCCUGGCUCUGCACUCAGGAAUCACUACUGGAGUACUUAGGGAUGCGAGGAUGGAACGUGGCUUGACCACGUGCAUGGCAAAUGCCCUAUCUCCUGUAUUGUCUCUCCAGCCUCAGGAAGAAAUUUUCAGUGAACAUUUUCCAAGUACUAAAAACUGAGAAUUUUUGCAGAAAUAUAAUUUGAUACCAAUAACAAAUAUAGCAAUACAUAUAUUUAAUUGGUAAAGUUGAGUGAAAAUAUAUAAAUAUCAUAUGAAAUGGUUCAACGUUAGGUAAAGUUAUGUUCCUGCUACAAUUUUUUUGAAUUUUAUUAAUUGAGUCACAGAGAGAUACACAAUUACAAGGUUGUUCAUGACUAGGUUUUAGUCAUAUAACGUUUCAACACCCAUCACUUCACCAAUGUACAUUUCCCAGCACCCGUGUCCCCAGUUUCUCUCCCCUCCUUCCCUCUCUUGCCUGCCUCUGUGGCUGGCACUUUUCU